CGUGUGUGUGCACGAGUAGUAGUCCAGAGAGCUUCCACAGGGCUAGCUGCUGCUGCUGCUGCUGGUACUGCUGGUAGUGGUGCCUUCAUGAAACUCUGUUAGAGCUGUUAGCCCCACGCGAUGGCAGACUCACAUCUCUGGCUAGGCCUCUGUCUGGUGCUGGCCCUUCAUGCGGGCCCCCUGCACGCCUGGUUUUGGAAUCCAGCGCCGGCCACGACGUCGUCUCCGGACCCCACGACCCCGGGGUCAAAGGUAAGAGCGAAGACAGAGGACGUCAAGAUCACGGAGGUGGGCUCGGAGAUCCUGGACGUGGCCAGCGGGAUCAAGCAGAUCAUGCAGAGCUGGGAUCGGCCGGGCGCAGCGGGGAAGACGCCGAAGCAAACGACGGGUAAUGACCAGACACAGAUGGAGGAGCAGUUGGUGGUGGGGGCAGGUCACGAAGGGUCACCUGAGGGAGUGGAGGGGUCUCGGAGUCCUGAGGUUAGUGAUAGGGCUUUGGCAGAGUUGGAUUCAGGGUUCACCAAUCCUUCCGGUGUAGGUGUGCACUCGGGGCCACGUGACGUCCGUGUGCCGGCCUGGAUGACCGCCGGUGACGUAUCUCCGGUCUGCUUGCCGCGGAGCUCCGACUGGGGCUUUUGCUCGUCCGGCGGCGGCAGGUCUAGGACCUUCGCCGUGCCCAACUUCCUGAACCACACCACGGCGGAGGAGGUGGGCGCCACCCUAGCCGACUGGGCGGUGUUUCUGAGCUCGCGGUGCCACCGGGACCUGGAGAGGUUUUUCUGCCUGCUCCUGACGCCGGCGUGCCCAGAUUCGGGCGCUCCACUGCCACCAUCACCCCCUCCUCUCCUGCCCUGUCACAGCCUGUGCGAGAUCCUGACGGACGCGUGCUGGGCGGCCCUGGGUGGGCGUGAGCUGCCCGUGGCAUGCCAGUCCCUGCCCGAGGGCCUGCCCCAUCAGCACCCCUGCCAGCCCGUGUCCAGUUGUAAAUGUGCAGACCUGACACUGCAGGAGAUAGUGGCGGACCCGGUCAUGUCGUCAGUCAAGCGUGCCCUCGACCCAGACGACAACCCGGCUUUCAUCUUCAGCAAGAAGUCUGGCGUGUCGCGGCUCGCUGAUAGCCUGCUGGAUAGCCCUUUUCACCGCAACUUCGCCCUGCUCUUCCGCCUGAUGCCCACCAGAGACAGCGGCGUGCUCCUGGCUCUCACCGACAAGUCCCAGAUGCGGAUCGAACUGGGCGUCAAGCUGGCCCGCGGGAGGAAGGGUCAGCAGGUCGAGGUCUACUACUACGACGGCAGGCCUGUCGCCACCUUCCCCGUGACCACCAGCAAAGGCGUGUGGACGCGCUUCGCCAUCUCUUUCCACGCCAACAAAAUCUCCUUCUACUACAACUGCAACACCGAGCCCACGGUGGUGACAUUCAGCCGCUCCAACGAGCCUCAUCUGGUGAUGCCAGGAUCGGCCCUCAUGGUGGGACAAGGAGGCUCCCAGGACGGAGAUAAGUUUGAGGGCCAGAUAUCCCAGCUGACCAUCAGUGGAGACCCAUCUGCUGCUGAGAGGCAGUGCUACUCAUCUGAUGAUGAAGACGAGGAAGACGACUCAGGAAGUGGUAGUGGAGAUGGUAUGGACACUGAGGGUGGCAUCACAACACAGCCUCCCAAACGAAAGACCCCAGGUACUCAGGUGCUGCCCGAGCCCCCAAUCUCCAGCACCCUCUCCAAAGGAACUCUUGAUGUCGCUCAGGAGGAAACUGGUCUGAAAGGAGACUCUGGGUUUGACACCGAUGGCUCUGGUGGUGACUCCUUCAGCCCUGGAGAUAAGGGGGCGAAGGGAGAGAAAGGGUUAAAGGGAAGUCACGGGGUCGGCUUGCCUGGCAUGAAGGGGGACAUUGGACCUCCGGGUCUUCCAGGCCCCCCCGGGCCUCAGGGUCCAAUCACAGAGAUCGUUGACACUGGGGACGGGAAGAAGAUCCAGAAGGUGGAGGGCCGUCAGGGGCCGCCAGGGCCUCGGGGCCCGGCAGGACAACCUGGAACAGCAGGUCGGGAUGGGCAGCUAGGUGAAAAAGGUGACCAGGGUGAAGAGGGCGCUAUUGGACCACGUGGUUUCCCAGGUACUCCUGGCAACACUGGAAUGAAAGGCCAGAAGGGCGAGGUUGGGGAGGGCCAGCCUGGCCAAAGAGGACUUCCAGGACCCCCAGGCCCCCCAGGAAUCGAGACGACAUUUGUGGAUGUGGAAGGCUCUGGAGGAAAAGUCGCUGUUCGUCCAGGACCCCCAGGUCCUCCUGGACCGCCCGGGCCACCUGGACCGUCAGGUUCUGAAGGAGAUUACAAUGGAUCCGAUGGACCUACUGGACCUCCUGGACCUAAUGGACCCAAUGGAAAGCCUGGACGAGCCGGAACUCCAGGAAGACCAGGACUUCCCGGGCCACCAGGGCCAAGAGGAGAGAAGGGAGAUUGUGGUACUGUGGGACUUGGUGGAUCUUCAGGGGAAAAUCCGGACAGUUAUUCUGUCACUGCUUUUUUUGCCAACUGGCUGCCUUUCCUCUCCUCCUCAGCUGAUACAGAGGGUCUAGCAGGUGUGAGUGGAAUGCCUGGACUCCCAGGUCCCACAGGACCAUCUGGACCUUCUGGCCCCCCAGGGCCCCCUGGCCCCCCUGGACAGGUCACCAUCGACCUUAAUGGAACUGAAAUGACCCUCGUUCCAGGACCAGCUGGACCUCCCGGUCCUCCAGGACCACAGGGCCCUCAAGGUAUUCCAGGACUACCGGGGAAAGCUGGAUUCCCAGGAAUUCCAGGCCAAAAAGGCAGCGAGGGUGAGCGUGGACGAGAUGGCUUCCCAGGGAUGGAUGGCUUCCCUGGAAAACCGGGGGAUACAGGAGAACGAGGUUUCAGGGGUGAAAAAGGGGACUCAGGCAGGGACGGGGGUCCACCAGGGCCUCCUGGGCCUCCAGGACCACCAGGGGAGAUUAUCAUCCCGAAUAUCGGAGACCAUGACGGAGCUAUUGGAAUUCCUGGACAACCGGGUCAGCCUGGUCGGGCAGGUUUCCCUGGUCCAAUGGGACCAAAAGGAGACAGAGGGACCCCAGGGCAGCCAGGUGUCCCUACUAAGGGCCAGAAAGGAGAACCUGGAGUGAUUCUGGCAGCGGAUGGAACUCCUCUGUAUCUGGGUUUGACCGGGCAGCCGGGAGAGCCUGGACAAAUAGGGCCAUCUGGACCUCCGGGUAUACCCGGCCUUCACGGACUGAAGGGGGAGAUCGGGAUUCCAGGCAGACCGGGCCGCCCAGGUCUGAACGGGCUGAAAGGAGAGAGGGGAGACUCCGGUGGUUUUGGUGGACAUAGCUUUCCGGGUCUCCCAGGGCCUCCAGGACCUCCAGGGCCCCCGGGCCCCCCAGGGCCUGUUCUGUCUGUGGACGGAUUGCUUACGCAUGGAGAUCCAUCCCGGUAUCAUCCAGGCCAAAAAGGAGAGAAGGGAGACCGAGGAAACCCCGGCAUUCCAGGGUUCUCAGGUGGCACAGAAGGCUUUGACUCCUAUGCUCUUUUGACCCAGCUGAAAGGUGACAGGGGAGAUCCGGGUAUGAAAGGAGAGAAGGGAGAGGCGGGUGGCGGAGGGUACUAUGACUCACGGUACGGCGGAAGCGCUGGGCCUCCCGGUCCCCCAGGACCACAGGGUCCAAGAGGAGAAUCCAUACGGGGUUCCCCAGGCCCCUCGGGGCCCCCAGGCCCUCCAGGAUAUGGUCGCCCAGGAAUCCCAGGACCUCCAGGGCCACCUGGUCCCCCGGGGAGCGGCCUACCUGGAGCCCAUCGAACCUCUCCAACUGUUAAUGUUCCGGGUCCCCCUGGCCCACCUGGGCCUCCUGGCAUCCCUGGGUUAGGAGCAGGGGUUAUGAUUCUGAGGACAUAUGACAGCAUGGCCUCUGCCUCAAGACAACAGCCUGAGGGGACCUUGGUCUACAUCUCAGACAACACAGACCUGUACAUACGAGUGCGAGACGGUUGCCGAAAAGUGCAGCUUGGUGAAUAUACCCCCUUCCCAAGAGAGGAGAACCAGGUGCCAGGUGUCAACCCGCACUAUCCUCCGGAUCACACUGGACCGGCGGCAGGGGCCUCGUCCUCCGAGGGAGUGGCUCCACACUCUGGGGGUCAGUACCCUGUUCUCCCCGAGCCCGAGAACCCUCCCCGGAAUGGGUACCCUCUCUAUCCGGGGUACCCCAAUCAAUCAGGAUAUCCUUACCCUGGGGUGCACGCGGGCACAUCAUCCGCAACCCAACCGCAUCAACCCACAGAUACCCAGAGGUACCCCUCCUCACAGCCUGACGGACGCUAUCCCAAUCAACGCUAUCCGGACCAACGCUAUCUGGAUGGACGCUAUCCGGACCAACGCAAUCCGGAUGGACGCUAUCCAGACCAACGCAAUCCGGAUGGACGCUAUCCAGACCAACGCAAUCCAGAUGGACGCUAUCCAGACGGACGCUAUCCGGAUCGACGCUAUCCCAAUAGCCGGUAUCCAAGCAGCCCAGACCGAAGGCCCAGUGAGCCCCAGACACCGACCCAUGAGCACAGGGCUGGACUUGCGCUGCACCUGAUCGCCCUGAACCACCCCCAGGAGGGCAACAUGAGGGGCAUCCGCGGGGCAGACCACGAGUGCUUCACGCAGGCACAGGCCAUAGGCAUGAAGGGAACAUUCCGGGCGUUCCUGUCGUCGCGGCUGCAGGAUCUGUACAGUAUUGUGCGCAGGUCCGACAGGGAGCGAAUUCCCAUCGUCAACCUGAAGGAUGAAGAGCUCUUCAGCAGCUGGGAGUCCAUCUUCAGCGAAUCAGAGGGCAAGAUGAAGGACAACGUGACCAUCUACUCAUUUGAUGGAAGGGAUGUUCUCACCAGUGAUGCUUGGCCGGAGAAGAUGCUGUGGCACGGCUCGAGCACGCGGGGCCAGCGCAUCACCGACAGCUACUGCGAGACGUGGCGUGAGGCCAAUCACGCCCUCACGGGGAUGUCCUCCUCGCUCCAAGAUGGCCGCCUUCUGCAGCAGACACAGCGCAGCUGCACCAACUCCUACGUGCUGCUGUGCAUCGAGAACAGCUCCGUUGCCUAAUCGUCUCGGCAACCGCCUCCUUUCCCCCAAACACCUGUUCCUAGUGGUUCUUAAUGCAGGCCACACUACACUGGCCUUUUAUAAGAUGAUGCCAUCACUCGUUAACCGGGUGAUUUAGAGCAUAGAGACAUCGGUGGCAACAGGCAUUAGUGUAUGUAAAUCUAUCAAGUGUGCUAGUUCUGCUUCCUCGAGAGAAAAAAAAGUGCCUUCACCUCCUGUUAGGGGUUGACUGGAUUUAGCCAUAGUCGUCCUGGCACAUUUAAAACUCCAUUGGUGUCUCUUACAAUUUAAGUUUUGUGUAUUAAGGUUUUAUUUUUUAAGUGUUCUUGUCAAAUGUCCCUUUAAGAUGACCGACCGUAACUGUGUAGGAAUGGCCUGUCCUAAAUCGAUGUGUUUGGACAGAUGUCUGUAACAUCAGGGGGUUGUUUUGGCUGGGGUCAGGGGUCACAAUCACACAUUCCAAAACAAAAUGGUUGUCUUGGUGUACUCGGGGCCAAACAGCAUUGGAUCACUCUGUGCUAUUCUGUGGGCCCUGUAAGCAGCACUGCUUUAGGCCCACCUGCCAGCGACCAGCGUUUGCAGUGAUGUAGUCUAGUGAAAUACAGGUAUACUACUUAAAAAGCAUCAAGAUUUCCAUAAGCACUUCAAGAAAUGCAUCAACAUACAUUUGUGAAAGAAUUUUGACAUGAGAUAUUUUUGCAAAAAAAAAAAAAAAAAUGUAACACUCCAUUUGAACACUGGAUAGAAAAAAAACAUUCUUGUCCAAUAAGGCAGAACUCUCUCACCUGUAUCCCCCUACAGGCAACCUUAGCAAUGUCACAGUAUACCCACUACAGCAAACUAGACUACACCACUGCUUCAAUGCCCCAAUUUGGGGACAUACUUACAAUUUCCUUUUUUUUUUUUAUCUCAGCUAAAAUUAAGGACCAAAAUGGCCACUCAUACACAGUUACAUUUGGUUAGUGCACUGAGUAUAUUGUUUUGUAUGUACUGUAUUUGUAUACAUAGCUACCACUGUCGGAAUACAACUGUCACUGAGCCAAGCUCAAGUCCAUAAGGAGACCAGACUUAUACAAACACCUGGUAGAGAAAGUAGGAGGACAGCAGCAAUAAAGCAUCUGAUAUAUUUUACCCAAUUACGCUUAACAUGGAAAACUUUACAAGUAUCACCUGUGCUCGUGUUAUGUUUUUAGUAUGGAUUGCUUUAUAGGGUUACAUGAGGCUCUUUCUGGUUAACCAACGAGGUGAUGAACAGGUUUUGAUUGGCGUUGUCGUGUUUGUGUGCUUGUGAUUUAUGACGAUGUUAAGCUGCCUUCUGACCAAAGAUACAGGGUUGGCACAAGGGCCAAUAGAUUCGAGGUGCAGACAGCAUUGAAAGUGCAAGAGAGAAUGACACUAUUGGAAUGGGUUGUACAUGGAAAAGAAUGCUUGUUUAUUUUUGUACAUGUAUUUUAAUUCACAUUUUUUUUUAGAAGAGCUUUUUAAUCUUUGUAGUGUUGUUUUUCAUAUUAACAUACUUGCCAUUUUGUAGCUUACGCUUUUUUACUCCUCCAGGAAUAUUUAGAUUAAAUAUUUAUUUCUGAAGAUACUGCAACCAUAACCAUAAGUAGGCCUAAGUGUUUUGAUGUUUUCAGAGUCACAAUUUUAGGCUACAUCAGGAAAAAAAGACUUGGACAAUCCAUACAACUUUACCUACAACCCGCUAGCUUUAUUCCUUUUACUUUAGCUUUUUGAUGUUAUUCGAAGACAAGGGUUUGAAAAUAUGUAUUACAGUUUUGAGUUCAAUGAAUGGCAGACUAACAACAGUUCAGGCUUAGUGAACUAACACAUUCCGCAGUCAUGACUGCUACUACUGUUUAUGAAAGUGUACCAAAAUAAAAGAUCUAAAACAUGUUGCUACUAGUUAGAAAAACAUACUGAUUGGUAAGAUAAUUAUAAGCAUUUUGUUGAUUUUGUUGUUUAAUGCUGAGGCUGGAUUUCCAGUCGCAUCUUUUUGCCACUGUACAGCCCACAGCGAGAAUCCAAUGUACUGUACCAUGCUAAUGCUAAUCAAGUCUAUAUAAUACACACACACUACACACAUUUUGCCGUUUCUAUGAGGUCUAUUUCAUACCCAAAACUUUAGCCCACCAUGUGCACUGCCAAAAAAUGUGUGAGACUAUUUUUCACCGGUCAUUGGUAAUCAUUCACAGUUUAGAAAUGUAUGAGCUUACUCCAAGGCACUGUAACUUUUCUAAUAAAUGUUUUCCCACA